UAUCAAAUCAGAAAUAUUUGUUUUUUCUUUUAUAGUUUCUGGGUUUUCUCUCGUGUAAUAGGAUCCCUCCUACCCCACCAACCCCACCACAAUGUUAUACAAACAUAUACUCCUAAAAUUUGUUUUAAUAUUCUUUGGAGUUUUUAAAAUACAUAUACUUGAAAUGUUUAGUUCUGCUGGAAUUCAGUCUAAUGUACAGUGUGUAAUGGGAUCUAGUGUGUUUUGUUCCAGGUGGAUGGCCAGUUAUGUCAGUGCCAUUUAUGCAAUGAAUGUCUUAUGCACACUUAAGUGAAUGUCACUUUUGUCAUAUAUAUAAAUCAGUAUUGUUUAGUCUAUUGUUUUAUUUUGAUUACAUUGUUUUUUAUAUUAAGUUUUAAUAGCUAAUAACACAUGGUAAUUAUUAAUAGUUAUUGCCGGCUUCUUGUGUGCCAAGGGGGUGUUGAGUACUUUAUAAGCAUUAUCUCAUUUAAUUUUCAUAACUCUAUGAGGUAGGCACUUUCAUUCUCAUUUUUGAAACUAAAACUGAAAUAACUUUGCUGGAAGGUAGCGGAGCUACGAUUCAAAUCUUCAGUAAUGUUACUCUGUAUCUCAUGGUUUUUCUCAUAUUUUACCAUGACUUAUAUCUAUCACAGGUUUUGUUAAACUUUGUAUUCUCCACAGCACUGGUUCUCAAAAUGUGGGUUCUGGACCAGCAGCAUUAGCUCACCUGGGCACGAAUUAGAAAUGCAAAUUCUUGGGCCCUGCUGUGGUCUGAAUGUUUGUGUCCUCCCAAAUUCAUAUGUUGAAAUCCUAACCCCCAAAAGUAUGGUAUUAGAAGGUGGGGCCUUUGGGAGAUGAUUAGGUCAUGAGAGUGGAACCCUCAGGAAUCUGAUUGGUGCUCUUAUAAAAGAGAUCCCACAGAGCUCCCUAGCACCUUUCACCAUGUGAAGAUACAGCGAGAAGGCACUGACUAUGAACCAGGAAGAGGGCCCUCACCAAAAUCUGAUUAUGCUGGUCCCUUGAUCUUGAACUUUCCAGCAUCCAGAAAGGUUUCUUGGUGUCUCUGGGGAGCCCCUGGGCCAGAUCUUCCUCCAGACUCCAGCCCACCUCUCCCCAGCAGCUCUGCUGGAGUUCACAGAUGUCCACCAAGCUUUAGGCUCCUGAGAGAAUAAAGGUUGAGAGCCAGCUUGAGAGCCAGCAUGACCAUGCCAGCUAAUUGGACCUCUCCCCAGACAUCCCUGGUCCUGUCUCCAGAAAAACAUGGCAGCUCCUGUGAGGGAUCAGUGUCCUUCAAGGACGUGGCUGUGGAUUUCAGCAGAGAGGAGUGGCAGCAUCUAGACCUUGCUCAGAGAAACCUGUACCGAGAUGUGAUGCUGGAGACUUACAGCCACCUGCUUUCAGUAGGGUAUCAAGUUCCUGACCCAGAGGUUUUCAUGUUGGAGCAAGGAAAGGAGCCAUGGGCACUGCAGGGUGAGAGCCCACAUCAGAGCUGUCUGGAAGAAUUGUGGCAGAUUGGUGACCAGAUAGAGAGCUAUCGGCGAAGAGAAAACAAAUCUUUAAAGGAUGUUCCUUUCAUCAAGAAAAUAUUGACUACAGAGAGGGAUUAUGAAUAUAAGCACAUUAGAAAAAUAAUUCAUGUGAGCCGAAACAUUUCUUCCCUAAAAAGACCCCAUCAAUGUGACUCAUUUGGAAUUGCUUUGAAGCAAAAUUUAGAUUUACACAGUCAUAAUAGAAACAGGGGAUCAAAGAACAUUAAUAAGAUUGCUGAAUAUGGUAAAAUUUCUUCCUGUAUUGACCGUGAGUGUACUCCAGCAGGAGAGAAAUUAUGGGACCGUAAUCAAUGUGGAAAAAUCCUCAGCUAUAAACAAGCACCCUCUCAACAUCAGAAAAUUCAUACUGGGGAGAAAUCUUAUGCAUAUGCUGAAUUUGGAAAGAUCUUCACCCAGAAGUCACAACUCAAGGUACAUCUGAAAGUUCAUACAGGAGAAAAACUCUAUGUAUGUAUUGAUUGUGGGAAGGCUUUUGUACAGAAACCAGAAUUCAUUACACAUCAGAAAACCCACACUAGAGAGAAGCCCUUUAAGUGCAGUGAAUGUGGAAAAGCCUUUUUCCAAGUAUCUUCUCUUUUCAGACAUCAGAGAAUUCACACUGGAGAAAAACUCUAUGAAUGCAGUGAAUGUGGGAAAGGCUUCUCUUAUAACUCAGAUCUCAGUAUACAUCAGAAAAUUCAUACUGGAGAGAGACACCAUGAAUGCAGUGAUUGUGGCAAAGCAUUCACACAAAAGUCCACGCUCAAGAUGCACCAGAAAAUUCAUACAGGUGAGAGAUCGUAUAUAUGUAUUGAAUGUGGACAGGCCUUCAUCCAGAAGACACACUUGAUUGCACACCGAAGAAUUCAUACUGGAGAAAAACCAUAUGAAUGCAAUAACUGUGGGAAGUCCUUCAUUUCCAAGUCACAACUCCAGGUACAUGAACGAAUUCACACAAGAAUGAAACCCUUUAUAUGCACUGAAUAUGGGAAAGUCUUCAAUGGCAGUUCCUGUCUCAUUACACAUAAGAAGGUUCAUAUUAGAGAGAAAUCUUCCAUAUGUACUGAAUGUGGCAAGGCCUUUACCUACAGGUCAGAGUUGAUUAUACAUCAGAGAAUUCACACUGGAGAAAAACCUUAUGAAUGCAGUGAUUGUGGAAAAGCCUUUACCCAGAAGUCAGCACUCACAGUGCAUCAGAGAAUUCAUACAGGAGAAAAAUCAUAUGUAUGCCUAAAAUGUGGGCUAGCCUUCAUCCAGAAGGCACACUUGAUUGCACAUCAAAUAAUUCAUACGGGAGAGAAACCUUAUAAAUGUGGUCACUGUGGGAAAUCCUUUACUUCCAAGUCACAACUCCAUGUGCAUAAACGAAUUCACACAGGAGAGAAACCCUAUAUGUGCAGUAAAUGUGGAAAGGCAUUCACCAACAGGUCAAAUCUCAUUACACAUCAGAAAACUCAUACAGGAGAGAAAUCAUAUAUAUGUCCUAAAUGUGGCAAGGCCUUCACGCAAAGGUCCGACUUGAUUACACAUCAGAGAAUUCAUACUGGAGAGAAACCUUAUGAAUGCAGUACCUGUGGAAAAGCCUUCACCCAGAAGUCACAUCUCAAUAUACACCAGAAAAUUCACACUGGAGAGAGACAGUAUGAAUGCCAUGAAUGUGGGAAAGCUUUCAACCAGAAAUCAAUACUCAUUGUGCAUCAGAAAAUUCAUACAGGAGAGAAACCUUAUGUAUGCACUGAGUGUGGAAGAGCCUUCAUCCGGAAGUCAAACUUCAUUACUCAUCAGAGAAUUCAUACUGGAGAAAAACCUUAUGAAUGCAGUGAUUGUGGGAAAUCCUUCACCUCCAAAUCUCAGCUCCUGGUGCAUCAGCCAAUUCACACAGGAGAAAAACCGUAUGUGUGUGCUGUGUGUGGGAAAGCCUUUAGUGGCAGGUCAAAUCUCAGUAAACACCAGAAAACUCAUACUGGAGAAAAGCCCUAUAUCUGUUCUGAAUGUGGGAAGACCUUCAGACAGAAGUCAGAAUUGAUUAUACAUCAUAGAAUUCAUACUGGAGAGAAACCUUAUGAAUGCAGUGACUGUGGCAAAUCUUUCACUAAGAAAUCACAGCUCCAAGUGCAUCAGCGGAUUCACACAGGAGAGAAGCCUUAUGUGUGUGCUGAGUGUGGGAAGGCCUUCACCGACAGGUCAAAUUUGAAUAAACACCAGACAACACACACUGGAGACAAACCCUACAAGUGUGUAGUCUGUGGGAAAGGCUUCGUUCAGAAAUCAGUGCUCAAUGUGCAUCAGAGUAUUCAUGCUUGAGAGAAACAGAAUGAGAAAACCUCAGUGAGAGCAGCUCUGAUUGUACAUUACUGAAUUCAUGCAGCAGAAAAAUAUGCAUAUUAUUCCAAGUAGAAAUGCCGCAUCAGAACGUUGCUCACUACAGAAGAGGACCUCUGAGAGGGCCCUGAAUGAGGGAUGCUCUUCCCACAUUGUCACCAGCCUUAUUAAACCUUGGGGCAUUCAUACUGAGAAGGAACUUUGUCAGUUUGAUACAUUAGAAGCCUUGUCAUGAAAAAUAUGAUGGAACACUUACCAAAUUCUGCAUAGGAAAGAUUAUAAUCGUUAAAUCAUGUUAACGAUAAUCCUGUUUACUGUGGAACAGGUAAAGUGCCAACAAGUUGAAUGGUAGAACAACAUAAUAUAUACGAUAGUGACAAACCCUAAGUUCUGUGAGAUAUUUGUUGCAGCACACAUUGUUUAACAGAAUUUGGGGUAUUUUUCCAUUUUUCUGUUGACUGUAACGUGGUUGUGUGUAUCCAAUCCCCCAGUAAUUAUUUCUAUCAACAAAGAGAUACCACAAUAAAAAAAAGUUCUUUAAGUAUAUAGACACAAAUCUCAGAGUAUAUUUUGACUCCCCAUUAUCCUCUCACACCAUGACUUGUAACCCCCCUUAUUAGCCACCAGUAGAGUGCCUUUGACCCUCAUGAGUCUCUAGCACAUUGCCUUCUGAACCCCAUAAUUGCAUAUGACUGCCCAUUAGUGCUAAAUGCCAUGUUUGCUGACUGCCAUAUCUCUCAGACAGUAUUUGCUGACCCUCAUCUAGUCCUCAGCAUGGUGUCUUAUGAACUCCCGCUACCCUCAGGAAAGCUUCUGAGGUAAGAAUUUUCAGGUCACCUUGGUCAACUCUUCACCCCAGUCUCCCUUUUGCUGUCACAGUUCUUCCAGCUCCUUUGCCUUCUUUAAUGACCUGACCUUCGUAAUAAUAACAAAUCAAUAAUUCAUUAAAACAAACCCCAACAUACCUUCACUGUCUUCUGUGUCCAUCUUCAUGCCAUGCACUCCAGAAGGACCUUCUCCCCCAUGUGUCUCAAACACAUCAGUUUACGUCCUGACUCAAGGCCUUUGCAUUUGCAAUGCCCUUUUCAAAGAACACAGUUACUUAUUAUAUCUGCGUGGUUCACUGCAUGUCUUUCUUCCAAUGGUACCUCUUCACAGGGGCCUUCUUUGCCCUUCACUACCUGCGUGGUUUAAAAUUCCAACCUCCCACCCUUCUUCCUUUAUCCUUUUCCAUAGCACUUAUUGCCAUGAUGCCCUGUAUAUUUAACUUAUUUGUCGAUGGCUCCCACACUAGAAUAUUUUCCCCUGUUUUGUUCACCAUUGUGAGCCGAGACCCACGGCUGACAUACAACAGGUGCCAUUCUAUAAAUGCAUGUUGUGGAGUGUUGACCCUGCUCAUCCCAUGACUUCCCUUUGAUCCUUUCUGUAUUGCAGCAUUAGAAGCUCUGAUGGGGAGAACCAACUUUCCUAAAACACAUCAGGCUUUUUCACCUCCAGUCUUUACCUGAGCUAUGCCUCCUUCCUGGCCCUAAAGCUGUAACAUCAUUGUAAACCUUUUGGCCUGAUGCCAACCUGUUUAAAGAAGGAAGAACUGAGGCACAGGAAAUCCCUCAUAGAUGCUUGGUGUUCCAGGAUUCCCUGCCAUGAUUCUGAAGUACUACAGUCAGCUUCAAAGUGAUUGCAAAAGAGCCCGCUUACUCUGCCUGAGCAUACACCACCCCAAUCACACCUUGAUGGGGCCUUGCCAAUCCCAGAAUCUGACCUACAGACCUGCUCAUCAUGCCCUGACAGGUAUGCCCAGAGCUAAUAGUAUGGAGGGGCUGAGAGCAGACAGGAGUGGACCUUCCUUAGAAGUUAGGUGUCUGACCCAAGACUGGGGCAGCAACGACCUCACAAAUGCAGGCAGAGGGUCUGAUUGAAUGCUUAGCUGCUGGUUGGCCAAACUGGAACUAGCAGAAUGGUUCCUUCAGGUCAGUCCAUUGGCAGCACUGAGUAGGAAAUAGUUGGGUUGUGCAGAGAUGCUCUCACCUUUGUGAAUGGCAGCAUGGAGGUUGAGGAUGAGGGCAGAACCUUGUCAAGGGGGCAGGGCUGGGGAUUCCACUUUAACUCCCAAAUUGGACAGUGCUUAGUGACACAUCCCAUUACCCCACCUUGGACCUAUGUCUAAUCCAUCAUUAGCUCCCCUUCAUCUCACCCCUUCACAGUAUCUGAUGAUUCACUGUACACUCUUCCCUAUCUUAGAACAGUGUCUGGUGAUCCACUGUUACCCCCUUUUACCUCAUCUGGCACUGCAUCUGAGGCUUCACUCAAUGUCUUGUGACCCACCAUUAUCCCCCAACAUAGGACAAUAUUUGCCGACCCCCCAGGAGAGUGUCUGGAGAUCUCCCCAUUACCUUCUUCUUACCCCACCCCAGCACAAUGUCUGGACACCCUCCAUAUCCCCUUUUACCUUAUUCUAAUAUUAUGUUUGUCACCCCUCAUUAAUUCCAGGAAGUAUAUCUGGAGAGCUGCUCAUUACCUCUUCCACAGUUACCUCCAGCAUAAUAUCUGUUACUUCAUCCCACUUGUGACAAAGUCUGGUAACCUCCAUGCUUCCUAUUUAUUCCCCCUUUCACUUAAGUAGUGAUUGAUGACCACUUAUUAGAAUUCUCAGAGUAGCGAACCAUAGUAUAUAUUCCCCACCCAACCCAACUGUUAAUAUUAUCUCCUGAUACUUUCAUUACACCUCUAUCAGGAUGGCUUGUGUCCCCCCUCCAUUACUUGUCCAUCACAAUAAUGAUGACUAAUUAUCUUCCAUUAUCCCACCUAGCAGUGUCUGUAACCAUUCCCAACACAGCAUGUGGUGAUGCCCCCAAUACCCUCUCUGAACUCUGGUGUAUACCGUUAACCUGCUUCCCUCCCCCAAAGGAAGGGCAAUGACUGCCAAUGCACCAUAAACUCCACAUUACCCAUCUACAUUUUGGAGCCUUCACUACCCUCCUUUCUGUAGGACCGCCAUUAACAACCAGCACAAUGUCUGUUGAUGCCCAUUACCCACUAACACUGUAUCUGUGACCCCUCCAUUAAAUCCUGGUGGUAUCUGCUGUUUCCCUAUUGGCUCCCACUACCACAACGUCUGCCGAUUCUCCAUUGCCCACACUGCUUCAUGAUACCCCUCAGUGCGGCUACUGCAAAUUUCCUGUUAUUGCUUCUCCUCUGUUUGCAUGGACAGGAACCCUGGGGGAUGGGGGAGGGAUGAGGACGAGGUCCUAGCCUCAUAGACCCCCUCCAGAGAAUUGUUCAUCUGGAGUGGGCUGGGGAGCUUCUGGGGAGACCCAAGAGACCACAUGCUGAGCCUCCCAUUUACUAUACAAGAGUGAUGCAAGCAGAAUAGUGCAAGCUGUGGACGUGGAUUCAAAUCCUAGUGCUAACACUGAUCUGCCGACCGACUCUGGGCCAACCUCCUCUGGCCUUAAUUGCUUCACUUGUUAAAUGGAAUUAUGGAGGAUGAAGUAACUUAAUAUGGGUCACGUGAAGGGAGCAGAGCUGGUGGAGACCAAAGAGAGUGUCCUGUUGUUAAUAAUAUUACUAGUUAUAAGUUGACACAAGCAUCUGACCAACCUCUGCAUGGCUGUCCCCAAACCUCACAAGAGGGAAACAUGUUAUUUUAUUGUAAAUUACUCUCAAUUAUUUUUCUUUUAUAUUUAUUAUUAUAGUACUGAGAUAUUUUUAAAGUCAGAUCUAUUGAGGUAUAAUUUAUAUAAAGUAAUAUUCACCCUUUGUAGUGUACAGUUCUGAGAGUUUCGACAAAGGUAUACAAUCAUGUAAUCAACACCCCAAUCAAGAUAGAGAACAGUUCCUUCACUCCCCUAAAUUGCUUCCUAUUCCUUUUUAUUCAGUCCCUCUCCCCACUCCCAGCCCCUCACAAUCGCUGAUCUGAUCUGUUUCCUGUCUCUAUAGUUUUGCCUUUUCCACAAUGUCAUAUAAAUGUGGGAAUAUAUAGCUCCUUUUGAAUCUGACUUCUUUCAUUUCAUGUGAUGUUUCUGAGAUUCAUCCAUGCAGUUAAAUGAGAUACACAUGGAAAUGAGAUACAAUAAGCUGAUGAAAAGACAUUCAACAUCAUUAGUCAUCAGGAAAAUGUAAAUUAAAACCAUGAUGAGAUACCACUGUGCACCUAUUAAAUGGCUAAAAAAAUAAAAAAUAAAAACAUGGUACCAAAAGUUGGCAAAGAUGCAGAGCAAUGGAAACUUUCAUGUGUUGUCAAGAUAAGAUGGUAUAUCCACUCUGGACAAAAGUUUAGCAAGUUCUUUUAAAGUUAACCAUAUACUUAUCCUAUGACCCAGCAAUCCCACUCCUAGGUAUUUACCCUAGAGAAAUGAAAAAUUAUGUAUGUACUCAAAUGUUCACAGAAACUGUAUUCGUAAUUGCCAAAAUAUUGGAAACAACCUAGUGGGUGAAUAAUUAAACAAAUUGUAGUACAUCUAUACAAUGGAAUAGUACUCAGCCAUAAAAAGGCUGAUUUAUGACACCAUAAAAAAGAAUGAUUUGACACAAGCUACAACAUGGAUGAGUCUCAAAGUAUUAUGUUUUACCAUGUGAUAAUUUGAAUUAUAUUUUAUUAAAGAUUAUUAGAUAUUAGAUUAUAAAUAUCUAUAAAUAAUUAGAUUUGUAUAUUA